ACCGUUGCUCAUGAAAAAAAUCAAAUGCCGUGAACUGUCAGUUUGUUUGGCUGUUGAAAAUUAAAAAUCAAAUAACGCUUAAUAUGUUCCUUAGAAGUACGUUUAUACUAAUUUGAAAAUUUCUAAAACAAUGUACCCCAUUAUAUUUUAUUUAACAGUUUAAAUACUAGACCAUUUCGGUCCAAAAAGAAAAAAAAAAAAAGGAUUCAUGUUCGACCCUUCACCUACCGUAUCCGCAGGCCAACACGAAACACUUUGUUAAACGUUUCUAAACAUCAAUUAAUGAAAAAAUAAAUGGUACUGUGCUGGCGACACAUUUCUUUUGUUAUAUAAAGACAACUUGUUUUUGCUGUUAUGUAACAGCUCUAAGCUUAAGGGAGAAGUAAAGAAAAAAAUGAAUAGGCAAAGCAGUUUUCCUCUUCACUUCAUAAUCUUCUUUUUCUUGUUGACAUUGUUAGUGUUGCCACAGCGUUCUGCUUCAUCUCAUAUUAGAAGGCUACUUCUUAGCCAUGAAUCAGAGCACUAUGCAGUGAUAUUUGAUGCUGGAAGUACAGGUAGUAGAGUACAUGUCUUUCGUUUUGACCAUAACUUGGAUCUACUUCCCAUUGGCAAUGACAUCGAAUACUUCCUCGCGAUAAAUCCAGGUCUAAGUUCAUAUGCAAAUUAUCCUAAAGCUGGAGCACUUUCUCUAAAGCCUCUUUUGGACAAAGCUGAAGCUGUGGUUCCCAAAGAUUUGCAGCCUGAAACACCCCUUAAACUUGGAGCAACUGCUGGUUUGAGGUUAUUAAAAGGUGAUGCUGCUGUAAAAAUAUCGCAAGCGGUGAGAGAUUUAUUCAAGAAUAAAACAACUCUUAAUUACAAGGCAGAAUGGGUUUCAGUUCUCAAUGGUACCCAAGAAGGUUCAUAUUUUUGGGUAGCUUUGAACUAUUUAUUAGGAAAUUUGGGUAAAAGAUAUGCAAGAACAAUAGCUACAAUUGAUCUAGGAGGUGGAUCAGUGCAAAUGACAUAUGCCAUCUCAAAAGAAAGUGCUUUAAAGGCUCCCAAAGUACCAAAUGAAGAGCCUUAUGUCCUCAAUAAAUCUCUUUUGGGAACUAAUUAUAACAUCUAUGUUCACAGCUAUUUGAAUUAUGGUCAAUUAGCAGCUCGAACUGAGAUUUUCAAAGCUUCUGGAAACUCAUCAAAUAGUCCAUGCAUUUUGGGAGGCUAUAAUGGUUACUUCACUUACAAUGGAGUGGCUUACAAAGCAUCAUCACCAAAACAUGGUUCAAGCUUGAAGAAAUGUAGGACAUUAGCUAAAAAAGCAUUGAAAAUUAGGGCACCAUGCAAGCACAAGAAGUGUACAUUUGGUGGGGUUUGGAAUGGUGGAGGUGGAGAUGGAUUCAAGAAUCUCUAUGCCUCUUCUUUCUUCUACGAUUAUGCUGUUAUGGUUGGUAUUAUUGACCCCAAAAAGCCCUCUGGAAGAGCUAAACCAAUACAAUACCUAAAUGCAGCAAAGCUUGCCUGCAAGACCAACGUGAAAAACAUAAAAUCAGUAUUUCCAAACAUUGAUGAGAGAAGCAUACCUUUUAUCUGCAUGGACUUGAUAUAUGAGUACACUUUGCUAGUUGAUGGAUUUGGCCUGCAUCCCAAACAAGAGAUCACAGUGAUCCAUGAUGUUAAAUACAAGAAUUACAUCGUUGGAGCUGCUUGGCCACUGGGUUGUGCCAUCGAUGUUGUUUCAUCUUCCUCCUGAUCGAACAUUGUUAUUUUUAAUGUUAUCAGUAUUUAAGUGGUUAUUAUUAAUGUCUUCUUAACCGUCUGCUUAACAAAAUUCUCAGAUUAUUUCUUUCAAUUUAUAAUUUGAGAAAAUACUUAA